AGUGACUUAUGCGAAGUAGUUUGUGUCUGGCAACGGAACUCAUAGUCGCCCAGUUUUCCAAAAUGUCCGAUAAAAGUGAAUACGGCACACCGAUCGAAAGAAACGUCCAGAAGGAAGAUUAUUCGACCCCGGCGGCCGAAUUUUUACAGUGGAGAUCAACACGCGAUCAAUACGCGACGCCUGUCACUCCUGAUGUUUCGCACAUUUUAACACGCGAGGAUACGCCGGGAAUGUCUUCUCCAUGCGAUAAAUCAUUACUCGCUCGUAUGAGCGAGUUUUGUUUAUCGACACCUAAAAAUAUAUGUGGCCCAACGACACCAAAGAUGGAUUCGAUCUUGAUGAACCUGGAAAAGAACCUGGAUUGGAUGGCGGACAAGGAUGCGUCGUCGAUGAUGGACAGCAAUUCAUCGAAUCUAACAUACGAUGACAGCUCGAACGAUCAUUUGUCAUCACGAGACGCGGAAAGUGACGCGACUCAGGAGACCGUGAUUCCGUCAGGCUUCGCAGAAGCGGAAACGAAGAAGCUUGAAAACAAUCUUGUCGACACAGAGUCGACUGAUUUGCUCGACAAGUCGACGGCGACUUUGUUGUACGAUCAGCCGGGUUCGAGGGACAGAGUAUACGAAACGGACACCUUUGACACCUUCAACGUCCAGUACAAUCGAAACGUAUCCUCCACUCGUUCCUACGUGGAAAAACUAGGAAUGAAGGAGCAAGACCGUCCCUCUGGUUGUUUUCGGUGUUUCUGGUCUCCGAGGAGGAUCAUGAGAACGUCGCCUUGUCGAUUUCGAGAAUCGAAGAGAAUUGAGGAGAGACAUUUGGAAGACUGUGGAAGUGUCAAGACGACUUCGGGAAGCAUAGAAAGCGCGAAAACGUCGGGCGAUCGUGAGGACCCGCCUCUCAAACUACGUCUUGGUAGGAUCAGGGGAGACCGGGAGGUCCAGAUACCCGAAGAGAGAGCCAAGUCAGAUGUCCCGUUUCCACCGUCGCACAAAAUGACAGUGGCAGAAGUCUUCGACGAACGAACAGGAUCUCCGCGGCCGGAGGUCCUGAAGCAACACUUUAUCCUCGAGGGUAGGAUCGACGAGGCUGCGGCUCUUCGCAUAAUCAACGAUGGAGCCGCACUUCUACGCUCGGAGAAAACCAUGAUAGACAUCGAGGCUCCUGUCACCGGUGAGUGGAAAAUUUAACCCUCAAUCCAAUUGAAUUUACACCGCUAUUAAAUUAUCGUUAUUAAUUAUUUUACGCGAUAUAUGGACUUUUCUUCGCCCGAAGGGUAAACAAUAUCGGCGAUUCUUUUCAAUUCGAACAAUACGCGCCCCGAUAGAAAUCAAACGAGAAAUCCUGAUUAAUUGAAAUGUAAAAUAUGCAGGUUUUAAUCAAAACUGAAAAUUCGGUCCGUUCAUCUAACCGCGAGCACCGAGUCGUCCGCCUUCGCUCCUUGAUCAAUUAUCCUUGAAUUAAGUCCGUCGCGAGACGACCUCCUUUGUGGCGUCCGCUGAUUGUUCUCUGGUAGCGCAGAAUAGGAGAACGUAAUAAAUCCCACCCUCGGCUACUCUUGGAUCGAUUCAGUCCCAUUUCCUUCCACGCCCCCUC